AUGCGACCAGACGUUAUGUGCCUGCCGCGGAAUCUGCAGAACGAUAGGUCCAGCGUGAAGCUGAUGGCCUGCAUGCUCACCACCCACACCCUCCUGCGCGUCAGACAACCCGCGGUACGGACCGCUCUUGCCAAUAUGCGAGAGCCUCUGGCAGGCAAAGUAUGGGUUGUUCCGAGUCGAAAAAAGGCUGAUUUCGAAAGACGCGGCUCGGAUAGGAACGUGCCGAAGCACACCGGGUCUGUGGUAGUUGAUGAAGGGCACGACAGGCCGUACUUGAGACAUGGCCUGGGGGCCAAACCGGGUGUUUCUACGAAGAGAAAGGAGAGCGCAGAGCGAGCACACCAGACGUGUGUGAUUAGGCAUGUCGGCGUCGAGGUGCCGCUGACCCUGGGUCUGGCUGGUUAG